UGUGCCGAGUGCGCCACGGGGAGUGAGUGUGAGGUGCAAGCAGCCUCCUGUGCCAGCAUGUCUUCUCUUGGAGGACAUCGACUGGUCCCCAUAAGGCCUUCCCCUCAGAGGGGAAGCGAAGGAAAACCCCCACCGUUCGUUUCAAGUGCCUCUCAGUCACCUAAUGGGUUCACUCCUCCAAAUAUAUCUUUCAAACGCAAGUUUUCAGACGACGAAUCGGACGAUUCUGACGCAGAAAGCUGCAAACGUAAAAUAAAUUUUGCCGUAAAUUAUGUCGUGUCGCCCCAACCUGUUUCCAUUUCUAGAAGAAAUGCUAGAGAAAGAAACAGAGUAAAGCAAGUGAAUAAUGGUUUUGCUGCACUUCGCCAACACAUCCCCAGUGCUGCUAAAGCCAAAAAAAUAAGUAAAGUUGACACCCUGAAGCAGGCCGUCGAAUAUAUUCAAAACUUACAACAGCUGCUAGCGGAGAAUGAUGAAGCCCUAAUAAGAGAGCAGCAACAAUAUAUGAACGGCUACGCUUCCGACAUGUCAGAUUUCUCCCAGGACAGGAUAGGGAACGAAAGCCUCCAACAUCAGACAAUGCAAAAUAUUUUUGCAGGAGGUUCUAAUUACAUCUUCCAGCCCUAUAGCCCUGAUGACGAAAAUAUUUCCCCGACAUCUUCUUUUUCUGACCAAAACUAUUCUCCUGAGCCACAUAAUUUUUCUUGUUCGCCUCUUAUCACAGGAACUAAAUUCAAUUUUUCAAAUCAACUGCCAGUUCAAGAAGAAAUUUCGUCGACCGAUAAAUUUACUCCAACCAAGCAACCCAUGAAAUUUAUGACAUCUCCUUCGGUAGAGUCCAGUCCAAGUAUGUUGAAUAAUUUUCAAAAAAUUAGUAAUCAACAGAAAGGUAUUUAUCGGCAAGCAAUAGCCAGUUCACCCAAACAAUUUCAUCGGCCUCCAGGUGCCCCAGGAAAUGAGCUUUAUACAGUCUCCUCUGGAACAUCAUCAAAAGAACUAUGCAUUAACAAUCAGUAUGAUGGGAGUCCUUCAAAAGAAAUCUGCGAUUCUCGUCCUGACCUCUUAUCGAAAGAAAUUUACCCGAACAGAGAGGGUAAUCCAAGGGAAGACUGUCCAUUACUCACGCAAGAGAAUUCCCCUAAAGCUAUGUAUCCAAGAGAGCAAGUCAAUUCCUACAACAGGAAUGGACCACAAUCAGUUCUUCCUGUGGCGUCGGAUCCAUUCCGUGUGAAUCCUACAGGCUUGAAGGGCUCAAAUAUUGUGCACCACUACAGCUUGAGCGACAAAUCAAUAAUUAACAAUAUGAACAUAAAAUAUUUAGUGAAUUCAAACCCACUGGCAAGAAGUGUCAGAGUUCCAUUGAUAAUGGACGAUAACAAGAAUUUUAGUAACUCAGUGAACACCCGUGUGAUAAAACCUAUGCAAACCAUUUAUGAGAACAAGCAGUUGGAAAAUGGAAUGAACGCCACUGUCACAAAAGAAAUGGUUGUUGAUGAGAACAAGCCGCUCACGACGGCCGUGAACGUGAUUAACAUGGAGCCCGUGCCUGUAUGCAAGCCGUUUCUAAACGCAGUGAUACCAAGUAUCCACAAGCCUAAAUCAACAAAUGAAAACAACCAAUUUAUCGAUAUCCCUACAAGAAUGAAAAUACCGGUAACACCUCAAGAGGGCGAUUGCCCAGUUCUCUCAGGGGAUCUUCCUCCUGAACAUCUAACAGACAUCGACUGUGCUAUGGCUUCGGGUUUUCCGUCCUUUGAAAAUAUUGAUGAAGUAUACAACGUCAUCAAUCCAACCUCACCCUUAGUGGAAGAGGACUUGCUAGACGCAAUCGACUUGUGGGAGAAGUGCUAACAGGAUGAUGCAGGCUGAAGCGAACUGCAAGAAAGAGUCUCAUCAUCUAGUCACAUCUACAACUUAAAAGACAGCAAUUGCUCCUGCGUUGCAAACUGCGAGCCAACAGAAUUGACGGUCGACUGGUCUCUAAAUGACACCUAUAUUAAUAGUUGAUCAUUUGUAAGCAACAUGUAAGGAGGCGAUGUUAAGCGCCACCUGACUAAUAAUAUUAUUAGUUUUACCUGGACCUGAGAACAAGAAUUUAUUGACUAAGUGGAUGAGGGAUAAGUAAGACACCCCUGUCCAGAGAACUUAUCUUGAUUCGCGCUGGAUACAUGAGAGUUACAUACAUACAUUAGAGUUAUAAGGCUAAGACGUCGACCGUUACGUAAAAGUAGCUCUAACAUGAGUUACAUAUAGCGGCGUACUUGUCAGUUACUGGGGGGCCUUACUAAGGUUCCCAGCCCUUUUAUAGCGUCACGACUUCCUCCCACU